AUGAAGGAGAAACGCAAUGUUGGGAAGUGGAAAGAGCACUCUCACCAACUGUUUAGCAUCACUACGGAACCUCCGAGACUUCUACGCUGCAUCGACGCGCCUGGUUUUGCAGACACGAAUGGCCCAGAAGUGAAGAUUGUGAAUGCCGUUAACAUGUUCGAGCUGAUGCGAAUGUCCAAAUAUGGCGGUCUCUCGAUCCUCGCCCUUGAAUCCCGGGAGGGGAGCUUUCUUGCAAGAGACCAUCAGGAUUCUGAUCAAGUUGUUCAGUGCUAUGCCAAGUGGCGAACUCAUGUUCUCCAGAACCAUGAUAGUGGAAGGAGCCAGGAGAGAAAAUCUAGAUUGGCUGAACUUAAUUCAGAUCUUUGA